UUUGUUUUAAUUUUAAUUCACUAGAAUACGCCUGUUUGGAACACAGCCAUAGUGUUGUUUAAGUCCUGAAACUAUUGCCAUUUGUCUCACCUCAUGCCUUUUUCUAGGCAGUUGGGAUUAUGGAGUGUGUGUUGAGGAAGUAUGAGACCUAUGAAAACUUUGAAGAAGUCACAGGGGGCAGCUUGCUACCGAAGAGUCAAGUGUGGGCAGCCUCACGCAAGUACCUACAGAAGGAGGGCUGUGUCGGUGAGGUGGUUGUAAGUCUCUCUGAUGAGCUUCUGUCCCAGGCAGUAAUGAUGGUGGAGAGAUGUCGACCAACACUAACUAUUAACUUGUCAGGAGCACGGCAACAUUGGCUUGAGGGCAUGCUUAGACAUGAGAUUGGCACACAUUACUUACGGGGUGUGAAUAACAGCAUGCAGCCAUGGGCCACUUCUGUUGGGAGAAAGCGGUUUGGACUGAAACCAGCUAAUCCUACUGAAGAGGGGCUUGCUAGUCUUCACAGUGUGUUGCUACGGAAACAGCCCUUCCUGUGGCGAGCCGCUCUGCUAUACUAUACUGUAUACCAUGCCACAAACAUGAGCUUCAGCCAACUGUUCAGCCAUAUUGCUCACUUUGUCCAAGAUCCUGCUGUACGUUGGGAAUACUGUCUCCGCGCCAAACGAGGACAGACAGAUACCUCGAAACCAGGUGAACUAAUCGCUAAGAAUAGAACUGAGAAACAUUUCUAAUAUGUGAUGUGUCAUUUUAUUAUGUUGACUUGAGAAAGCCAGCAUUCUCUGAUCUAUCUAUCACUAUAAAAGCCUAGCACCUGAUUGAGACGCACCCAUAUCUGAAACAUGUUAAAGCUAGCAAC